GUGGGAAUAUCAGCUCAGGCAGAGAGGGAGGGGGAGGAAUGGAGAGGUCAGGAUGAGGAGAAAAGGAGAAGGACGGCUCUGAGUGGCUUUAGAUCUUCGUCUGCCAUGUAGCUGACCUGGAAGAGCCUCCCUGGUUUCCAGCUGUCUGCAGAGAUGAUCCAUGCAGGACCCACAGAAAUGAAGGAGAAAUUCUUCCUUUCAUCAUCUGGACUCUGCUGAGAGGACAAACAACAACAGAUAAACUUAGAAAAAAAAAAAUAAGGUUUUCCCUGUUUUCACACUGAGGAGAAGUGCAGGAACUCAGAGGAGAUGAGGGAUGCUCCGACCCCCUUCCCCUCGGAUCGGCCUGUCCACAGCCGCUGGAAGGUUGUCCUGCUGCUGGUCUGUUGGUUCCACAGCAGCCUGGGCUCCCUCCUGGACCCUCCACCCACCUGCACCGUCUCCUCCACCGAGAUCUUCUGCAACAAGUCAGACAGCAGCAGGUUCUUCCCACUGCUGCCAUUCCACGGGGCGGGGGCCCCAGGGAACAUGAGCGACAACAUCGAGGACUUUUUCCAGAACAUCACCAGCAUAUAUAUUGAGAACUGGACCAGUCUGACAACGCUUACAGAUGUUGAUAUGAAGCUCUACCCUGGCUUACAGCGGCUAACCAUAACCCGGAGCGGCCUGCAAACCCUCCAUCCACAGGCUUUCUCCAGAAACCCCAGCCUGCGCUACAUAAAUCUGUCCAGGAACUAUAUGUUGAAGACGUUGUCCUGGCAGGUCUUUGAAUAUCUGCAGCUCUCAGAACUGCAUAUGGAGGAGGUGGUGUUUCCCUGUGGCUGUGAGAUCCGCUGGCUUCAGCUGUGGCAGCAGAGCGGACGGGCCGGCCUUAGCAACCAACAGCUUACCUGCUCCACUGGAGACGCUGAAAUUCUUCUGAUGGACAUGAAUGUCACCAACUGUGACCUGCCGGUUGUCAGCGUCAGUCACAGCAACAUAAUAGUUGUUGAAGGUGGUCAAGUUACGGUGAUCUGCAAUGGUUCAGGAUCACCAAUACCAGAGGUGGACUGGCCCGCUGACCGCUUGCGCUCUAUACCUGAACACGGGGCUACUAUCUACAACAACAGCGUUCACUCAAUCAGCAUAACCCUGGUCAAUGUCAGCAGGGAGGACAACAAUUUCCAGCUAACUUGCACCGCUACCAACAUUGUAGGCUUGGCAACAGCCAUCGUUGACCUCACCGUUCACUUUCCGCCUUCCAUUGUGAAGCUGAAGGAGCCAGAACGCCGCCAUGACACAUGUAUAGAGUUUACUGUUCGGGGUUCACCCCGUCCCAGUUUAAGAUGGUUCCAUGACAAUAAGGAAAUAACCCACAAUGAGUACAUUCGCCUUGAUAUGGAUUUUUACCGUGACGACCUAGAGGGCUGCCUUCUUUUUAAAAACCCGACACACUACAACAACGGCAACUACACUCUGGAAGCCAACAACUCUCUGGGAGUGGUCACCAGGACGGUGUACGGACACUUCCUUGAAACGCCCCCUCCUGAUUUGGAUAAUGAAUAUGCUUUUUUCACAGACACUCCAACUGCAGAGACUCGCAAACCUUUGGAAGAUCCUUUUGGGGUCUCCAUGGCGGUAGGGCUGGCAGCGUUUGCCUGCGUCGUCCUCGUGGUUCUUUUUGUUCUCAUCAACAAAUACGGACGACAAUCCAAACUCAUCAUUAAAGGUCCAGGAGCAGCGAUGAGUGGUGAAGAAAACUCUGCUAGUCCCCUCCACCAUGUAAAUAACGGCGUUAUAAGCCCCUGUGCUCUGGAUGUUGGGUUAGAUUCUGUGGUGAUUGGGAUGUCCAGGAUCCCCAUCAUAGAGAACCCACAGUACUUUAGACAUGGACACAACUGCACAAAGCCAACCACCUAUGUUCAACAUAUUAAACGUCGAGACAUUAUUCUGAAGAGAGAGCUGGGAGAAGGUGCCUUUGGGAAGGUCUUCUUGGCUGAAUGUUACAACCUCAGUCCAACUAAGGAUAAGAUGCUGGUCGCUGUAAAGACGCUAAAGGACCCCACGCUUGCAGCCAGGAAGGAUUUCCAGCAUGAGGCGGAGCUGCUGACCAACCUUCAGCACGAGCACAUCGUCAAGUUCUAUGGCGUGUGUGUGGAUGGAGACCCUCUCAUCAUGGUCUUUGAGUACAUGAAACACGGAGACCUCAAUAAGUUUCUCAGAGCCCACGGACCAGACGCCACCAUCCUGGUGGAUGGGCUGCCUCUUCAGACCAACGGGGAGCUGGGUCUGUCCCAGAUGCUUCACAUCGCCAGUCAGAUCGCGGCUGGGAUGAUCUACUUGGCCUCCCAACACUUUGUCCACCGUGAUCUUGCAACAAGGAAUUGCUUGGUGGGGAACGGCCUUCUGGUGAAGAUAGGCGAUUUUGGAAUGUCAAGAGACAUUUACAGCACUGAUUACUACAGGGUUGGAGGUCACACCAUGCUCCCUAUUCGUUGGAUGCCCCCAGAGAGCAUCAUGUACAGGAAGUUCAGCACAGAGAGUGAUGUGUGGAGCUUUGGAGUUAUUCUCUGGGAGAUCUUCACCUACGGCAAACAGCCAUGGUUUCAGCUAGCCAACAAUGAGGUUAUUGAAUGCAUUACUCAGGGCAGAGUCCUGGAACGCCCAAGAAUCUGUCCUAAGGAAGUCUAUGAUAUCAUGUUGGGCUGCUGGCAGCGGGAGCCACAGCAGCGCCUCAUCAUUAAAGACAUUCAAAACAAGCUUCAGGCACUGAUGAAAUCCACACCCGUAUAUCUGGAUAUACUGGGAUAAGAACUGAUACCGAUGUGAAGGAACAGGACGCAGACCUCCUUCAAACCAGAGACCCAUCCACGCUGCGUUUAAGUUUGAUGGAGGCGAUGCAACAAACUAACUUAGGCCGAGAACUGGUGAAACUGACCCAUAAACCUUGAUCUGGCAUAUUUUUUCACGUCAUUCAUAACUAAGAAAGUUGUCAAACUGGAGGUAAACUUGUGAACUAUGUUUGUCCUAGUCUGGAAUUGUUUUUUUUUUUAGUAAUUCAAUCCACAUGUACAGAUUACUGCAGCACUGAUUUUUCAGUUCGGACCUACGGUAGACAUUUCAGUAGUUUGGUCAUUGUUUUUCAUAGAAGUCACUGUGUGCUUAAGUGUGAAUCAGAAUUCAUUUGACCAAUCAUUGUUUUAUUCACUACUUAAUAUUAAGGUAUUUUGUCCUUUCACAUACAUAUAAUAAAAAGAAUACAUGCAGAAAAAUAAA